CCCUUGCGGGACCCGCGCUCUGCGCCUUCUCUGCGUGGGCGCCGCAGGUCGGCUUCGGGGUCCCACUGCUGAGCCAUGUCGGGCCCUGGGGAGCUGGCAGCAUGCCCAGGCCCAGCACCCGACUAGCCAUGAAUGGCCAUAGCCACAAUGGCAGCGUGGGGCGGCCACUGGGCCGAGAGCCUCUGGACCCCAAGGCCAGCCGCCCUGCACAGGACCUGCACAGCCCCUGCCUUGGUGUGGCAGUGGCCAGCCACUCACCCGCCCUGUCUCCUGGCAGCCCCCCGGGGCAGGCCCAGGAGGAGGAGGACACAGAGGAGGAGGAGGAGGAGGACACAGCAGCUUGGUCCCGGGGUACAGGGAGGCCCCCCACUGCAGGUCACCGCCUGGGUCACCGGCGGGUGCUGUUUGAGAAGCGGAAGCGCCUGAGCGACUAUGCGCUGAUCUUUGGCAUGUUCGGCAUUGUGGUGAUGGUGACGGAGACUGAGCUGUCCUGGGGCGUCUACACCAAGGAGUCCCUGUUCUCCUUGGCAAUGAAAUGCCUUAUCAGCCUGUCCACCCUCAUCCUGCUGGGGCUUGUCAUUCUCUACCACGCAAGGGAAAUCCAGCUGUUCAUGGUGGACAAUGGGGCGGACGACUGGCGGGUAGCCCUGACCUGCGAGCGGGUCCUGCUCAUCUCACUGGAGCUGGCCGUGUGCGCUGUCCACCCGGUGCCUGGCCACUAUCGCUUCACGUGGACAGCGCGGCUGGCCUUCACCUAUGCGCCGUCUGAGGCCGAAGCAGAUGUGGACGUGCUGCUGUCCAUCCCCAUGUUCCUGCGGCUCUACCUGCUGGGCCGGGCCAUGCUGCUGCACAGCAAGGCCUUCACUGACGCCUCGAGCCGCAGCAUCGGCGCCCUCAACAAGGUCACCUUCAACACCCGCUUCGUCACCAAGACCCUCAUGACCGUCUGCCCUGGCACUGUGCUCCUAGUCUUCAGCAUCUCCUCCUGGGUCAUCGCAGCCUGGACUGUGCGCGUCUGUGAGAGGUACCACGACCAGCAGGAGGUGACAAGCAGCUUCCUGGGGGCCAUGUGGCUCGUGUCCAUCACUUUCCUGUCCAUCGGCUACGGGGACAUGGUGCCACACACCUACUGCGGCAAGGGCGUGUGCCUGCUCACUGGCAUCAUGGGCGCAGGCUGCACGGCGCUGGUGGUGGCAGUGGUGGCACGGAAGCUGGAGCUCACCAAGGCAGAGAAGCACGUGCACAACUUCAUGAUGGACACGCAGCUCACCAAGCGGGUGAAGAAUGCAGCCGCGAACGUCCUCAGGGAGACAUGGCUCAUCUACAAACACACCAGGCUGGUGAGGAAGCCGGACCCUGCCCGGGUGCGCAAACACCAGCGUAAGUUCCUCCAGGCCAUCAAUCAGGCUCAGAAGCUCCGCAGUGUGAAGAUUGAGCAGGGGAAACUGAAUGACCAAGCCAACUCGCUCAGUGACCUGGCUAAGACACAGAGCAUAAUGUUGGACGUGGUGUCCGAGCUGCAGGCCCAGCAGGAGGAGCUAGAAGCCCGCCUGGACGCCCUUGAGAGCCGCCUGGACGCGCUGGCUGCCUCACUGCAGGCCCUGCCUGGACUGGUCACACAAGCCAUACGUGGGUCCCCACUGUGCCCCCGGCCCAGUCCGGGACCCUUGAGCCUCGCGAGCCGGUGGCCGCCCGCGGACUGCAGGUGACAGCCAGCCUCGCCCCUCUGGACCCUCUUCUGGCCAUCGUGUGGCCGCCGGCCCCAUCGGGGCUCCUUGCAGCCGGGGCUGCUGAGUGGAGCUGGGCCGAGGGGACUUGUCGGGAGGGACGCAACCUCCACCAGAUCGGCCUCGGAGCCUGGACAUCUGAAGCGGGCCACGGAUAAUCAGCACAUCUGCGCUCACCGACCGCCGCUGUGCUCUGAGCUGCCUGAGCAGGCGUGACCCAGAUGGAGAACCCUCGCUUUCCACUGGGCACGAGUGGACCGCCCACCUACUGAAUACGGGGAACGUGGGGGGAACAACCGCAGAAACUGUGCUUAGACGGGACCAGGUUCUGGGGCCUGGCUACUUGCCCGAGUUCCCGCGGUGGCGGAGCCGGGAUGGGGCCGAGUCUCAGGAAUUUGGGGCCCGGCGCUGGGUGAAGCCGCAGGUGAGGCUGGCCCCCACAAGGCCGGAUCAACCCGGCCCCACCUGGGCCUGGCUGCCACGAUAUGGCCGGGCGCCUGGGCCCAGCAGAUAAGAGGGCGUGGCCGGCUCCCACGCGACCGGCUGAGACUCGGCAGGACCGGCUCUCCCCGCUGGCGACCUCGGAGCGUCACCCAGUGGCGACAGUAGAUGUGGCAGAACCCCCCCCCUCCCA